CGUUUGUAGUACUGAAUGCACCCAUUUUCUACAUGAAGUCACAUGAGAUCUCCAAAAUCAUAUUUCGGAUUCAACUCGUUUAUUUCUAUAUAUUUUUAAUGUGUUUCACAUUUGUUUCUUCUCAACUUAUGUUGCAUAUUUAAAUAAAACACCGUAUUAGACAUUGGAUUUUCUAUUUUCUUGUGAACAAUCGGUGUAUGAUCCUGUAUAUGGCGAUUGGCAGAUUCCUCCAUGUGCUACAACGUUCUAGUUUGAAAAACCAAAAACAAUGGCAAAGAACAAAGGAACUCACAAAAAUAAAAAUGUUUUCAAAGUGGCAACAGUUCGCAGUAUCAAGCUGAAAGCUAAAGCGCAGAAGGUGGCCAUUAAUCUGAAGAAAUGAAGAGCAGAAUUUAGAACGAUAUGUUGCAACGGACGUGUCACCCUUGUACAGCAAGCCUUAUAGUUGUGGGAGAUGAAAUUUUGCGCGGGAGAAUAAUUGAUACCAAUACAUCGUACUUGGCGAGACGUCUAACCGCUGCUGGAGUAAGAUUACAAAGAGUUAUAGUGGUUCCUGAUGUUGUGGACGACAUCGCUAAAGAGAUAAGGAGUGUCUCAAGACAGUAUUCUGCUGUAUUUACGUCCGGUGGUGUUGGGCCUACUCACGAUGAUGUAACUUAUGAGGCUGUAGCAAAAGCUUUCGAAUUAAAACUUGAAUUACAUCAAGAAUUGUUUGACAUGUACACUCAGUUGAUCCCUGAUGAGCCUGAAAUAAGACGACUUGCUAUUGUUCCCAAUUCUUGCGAGAUUAUCAAUGUUGUUUCUACAAAGACUUUUCCAAUAAUAAGCGUAAAAAAUGUUUAUAUAUUACCUGGUUCUCCAAAAUAUUUUGAGUCUGCUGCAGAUACAAUCAUUCCUCGAUUGAAAGCAUGCACAUCAUUAUACUUUGAAUACAUAGAUAUACAGUUGAAUGAAUUAUCAAUAGUAAAUGUUUUGGAUAGACAAGUAAAACGCUGGAAUGGUAAAGUAAAAAUUGGGAGUUAUCCCCAAUCGGAACCACAUAUUUUCACGAGAAUUACUUUGGAAGGAUCUGAAGAAAUAGUUGCAGAAGCAAAAGAUGAACUUUUAUACUAUUUGCCAGUACAAAAAAUUAUAAAUCCAAACCACAAAUUUAGCUCUUUUCAAAUGAAUGCUAUUUUGGAAAAUGGUAAAAAUGAAACGCAUGUAAAGUAUGCAUUGGAUAUAUUGAACGAGUGCUUCGAUAGAUAUAAUUCAAAUGAAAUUUUCAUCAGUUUUAAUGGCGGUAAAGAUUGCACAGCAGUCUUACAUUUAGCUGCUACUGUUGCGAAAUCGCGCAACAUUUUAUCUUUAUUAUGCUUGUAUAUAACUGACGAUUGCUUCCCAGAAGUAGAAGCGUUUGUAGAAUCGGCUUCUCGUUAUUACAAUUUGGAGAUAAUACGAAAACAACGAUCGAUACGAUCUGCGUUGUUCGAGUUACUGGAAGAAAGACGUAAUUUAAAAGCGAGUCUCAUGGGUACAAGAAAAGGCGAUCCAGCUUCCGAAGAUUUACAACCGUUUACGCCCACUGAUUCAGACUGGCCACAAUUGAUACGUGUUAAUCCUAUUUUAAAUUGGUCAUAUAGUCAAGUAUGGACAUUUCUGUUGAAGCAUAAUAUUCCUUAUUGUUCUUUGUACGAUCAGGGAUAUACGAGCAUUGGUAAGAGAAGUACUACAACACGCAAUCCAUUGUUGAAAGAUUCCAACAAUCCCUCGUCUUAUCUACCAGCGUACACUUUGACCGAUAAAUCUGCCGAGAGAGAAGGCAGAGUAUGAUAAAGUGUACAAACUUGGUGCAUUUUUACUAUUUAAAUAUUGAUAACAUGUCUUUUUUUUAAGAGGAUGACAAAUUGAUGUUAGAGAAUAUAAUAUGCACUCAUCAAGUAAGACAAUGUAAUAAGAAUAACAGCUUACAGAUUGGUCUUCCAAUAGUUUGAGAAAUGCUUAACAAGAUCUGACAAACAUUGACUAUCACAAUGUCAAUAGUUUUGUACAUUAGGAGAGUAUUCGUCACCACCUAUAAUUGUGAAAUAUAUAUAUGUAUAUAUAUAUUAGUAAAAUUAUACAAAUGCAUAUAAUAUUAACAACAGAGUAAUAUCAAAUUGGAUAUAAUCAAAUUGGAAAUAAAGGUUUAAAAAUUUACAAAAAAAAAACUGAAUGAUUGCUUUAAAUGAUUAAGCGAGAAAAUACAAAUGAAAUAAAAGCCAUAUGGAAAAGUGAGUAAUCAAAGAA